CAAGGUAUGAGAAACCUUCGGUAUUUCCGGUAUUGCCGAUUCCCGGUAUUGAGUUUAGCCAUAUGCCACAAGGCAACAAGCUAAACCAAACCAAAUCAACGUUCACUGCGAGAACCCGCCGAUGUCGCACUAAAAUAGGGCAGCCUGCUUAUUUUUACGCAACAUGCAAGGGUAUCAUUGAAUUAAGUUACCGGGCGGCAGCGUAUUGUGUAGAUAUUCGCGUGAUUUUAAUUACGCACGUAUAGGUUCAUUAGGUCACUUGCAAAAAAAAAAAAAAAACAGCCACGCGCUCUCUUGCAGUGAGCAAAGACGCAGAAGAAGAAGGCCGUGCGCGCGCGCUGCACGUAUCACGGGCCACGGUCUGCGCGGCCCUGCAUUCGAACCUCGGGAAGCACCGAUGUGCGGCCUGGCUGCCCCGGGUACUGCACUGCUGGACGAAGGAUCAGCGGCGCCAGAAGACUGUCUCGUGAGCCGUUGCCACAGGGGAGCCCUGACUGGGAAGGAAAGAUUGCAAGAUCCUCACCAUGGCCGACUCGCCAGCGACCGCGGCGCCCGCCGCACCGACGGUCAGGUUCCCCAUGUUGUCGACUUCCUCCAACGAAACCGUCAGCCGCAGCGCAUACAUGAGGAACCUCGCCAUCAUUACGCGAGAGACCACCGUAAUCGACCGGACCCGGGAGCGCUUCAUUUUGCUCGCGAUGACCACCAUGCUCCUGCUCGUCAGUGUCACAAUGUUCGGCAUACUCGUCAGGCUGCUCACGCAGGACUUCGCGUCUUUCACGAUGGUAGUAAGUACGCGCACGCAUGGUUUCUUGUGCUCGUUCAGUACACUACCUUGUGUGUGGUAUCUUCCGUUUGUGCGUGAGUUGCGCUUUUUUUUUUCUCGCGUCGUGAAUGCAACUACGGAGGGCGUCGCUUAGUCGCAAGAACAGCAGCAGGGGUUCGGUACGAGCGCUUGCCGUGUUCUUGCCGUGGCGCCGGCUGAAUACGUUCGGCAGAUGCCCAGGAAAUAUUCGACUAGGUAGAGCGUCUCUACGUAAUCCGCGUGUUUCGGCACCCUUUCUUUCUUUGGCGAAAGCGUCUGGUUGUGUGACGUCGCACUUUAACCAUGUGCUGAUCAUUUUCCAGAAGCACGCGGCCCACCCAGCGCCCUGCGUGAGUGGACUCCAGGACGUUUAGCGAGGUUUUACACGGCAUUACCCAGCGCCCCGAAGCUCUGGAGAACGAUCGCAAAGCUUACAUUCCGGAGUUUUGGAACUGGGAGGACGCUCAUUUCACGUCCUGGAGCCACACUUUGCCGCGCGCUGAGUAGGCCGCAUAUUUCUGACAAAAGGUUUGCUUUGCUCUCG